UAUAAAUAAAAUUCUCCUUCGGUUAAGCUUAGUCUUGAGAGUUCGAUUUAAAUUGAUACCGUUUCUCCUCAUAAAAUGGAAAAAGAUCUUUUGUUUUUCUAACAACUUGUCUUUGCCUCCCUCCAAAGCAAAUAAAAACUUUCAAUAAAAAUCACACAAACCAUAAACCUGACCCACCUUCGCCUAUGUUCUCAACCACACAAAUGAAAAACAAACAUUAACAAUCUCAAACUUAACUCUCAACAACAACAGAAUCAUGAAAAACAUAUGAUUUUUUGUUUUGUUUUAACCUUAACAUGCCCUUUCUUUCUUCUUCUUCUUCUUCUUCUUCAUGCCAAUCCAAAAUACAUUCCAAGAAGAUGUUUCUUGCCCACAAAACUUCCCCUCUUUUUCUCCACAAAUUCCAUCCAAAAACUGCUACUAAGUUCAGGUGUAUUCCCAAGAAAUUCACUGUUUCUGCUUCACUUAACGCCAUAGCUGCUGCUGCUGCCUCUGGCUCUGGUGCCACUGUCCAUGGGGCCGUCACUUCUGCUAUCACCCAAGUCGCUGUUACUGCCUUUGCUAUUGCCUCUGGAGCUUGUCUCUCCACUAAGGUUGACUUUCUAUGGCCCAAAAUGGAGGAUCAACAAGGUUCUUUUACAGUGGAAGGAAUAGAUGUGACUGGCUAUCCUAUAUUUAAGGAGGCAAAGGUGCAAAAGGCUAUUGCAUUUUCAAAAAGAGCUCACCAUGGGCAGUUCAGGAAAACAGGAGAGCCAUAUUUAUCACAUUGCAUUCACACAGGAAGAAUCUUAGCUAUGUUGGUUCCAUCAAGUGGCCUACGAGCUAUAGACACAGUUGUGGCUGGGAUAUUACAUGAUGUAGUUGAUGAUACAUGUGAAAGUUUGUUUAGCAUAGAAGCAGAGUUUGGUGAUGAGGUGGCAAGGUUGGUAGCUGCUGUUUCUAGAUUAAGUUAUAUAAAUCAGCUUCUACGGAGACAUCGGAGGGUAAGUGUUAACCAGAGUACCCUUGGUCAUGAAGAGGCAAAUAAUCUGCGAGUCAUGCUCUUGGGAAUGGUUGAUGAUCCUCGUGUGGUGCUUAUCAAGCUGGCAGACCGUCUUCACAAUAUGAGAACCAUUUAUGCCCUGCCACUAGCAAAGGCUCAGGCUUUCGCACAGGAAACCUUACUUGUUUGGUGUUUCCUAGCUUCUAGAUUGGGUCUGUGGGCAGUGAAAGCAGAGCUCGAAGAUCUGUGCUUUGCUGUUCUUCAGGAUCUUUUGGAAGCUGUGGUUCCUUUUGACAUCUUGUUGGAUAGGAGAAAACGGGCUAACUUUCUUAAUAAUGUAAGAAGAAGUUCAAAGAUGGAACCAAAACCGAAGGUUGUGCAGGAUGCUGGAGUUGCUCUGGCAUCUCUUGUUGUUUGUGAGGAGGCACUUGAGAGGGAGCUGUUAAUAUCAAUUUCUUACGUUCCAGGGAUGGAGGUUACUUUAUCUAGCCGAUUAAAAAGUUUGUAUAGCAUUUACAGCAAGAUGAAAAGGAAAGAUGUUGGCAUCAAUAAAAUAUAUGAUGCACGUGCACUGAGGGUAGUUGUUGGAGACAAGAAUGGAACCUUACAUGGGCCUGCAGUGCAAUGUUGCUACAGUCUUCUCAACAUUGUACACAGGCUUUGGACUCCAGUUGAUGGUGAAUUUGAUGAUUACAUUGUUAAUCCAAAGGCCAGCGGCUAUCAGUCUCUGCACACUGCAGUACAAGGCCCUGAUGCCUCACCUUUGGAAGUUCAGAUUCGAACACAGAGAAUGCAUGAAUAUGCUGAACAUGGACUUGCUGCCCAUUGGCUUUAUAAAGAAACAGGAAAUGAAUUACCUUCCAUAAGCACCUUGGAUGAAUCUGAAAUAGAAGAAUCAUCUUAUCUCCCCAACAAUCUGGAUGAUCAAAAUUCCCUGGACUAUGAUUUGUUUCAAAAGUAUAGCUCCCUGAAAGUGGGACAUCCUGUCCUUAGAGUGGAAGGAAGUAACUUACUCGCUGCAGUUAUAAUCAAAGUUGAUAAGGAGGGGAGAGAGUUGCUUGUUGCUGUGAGCUUUGGGUUGGCAGCUUCUGAAGCAGUUGCUAACAGAAGGUCUUCUUUCCAAAUAAAGCGAUGGGAAGCUUAUGCAAGGUUAUACAAAAAGGUUUCGGACGAGUGGUGGUGUGAACCAGGACAUGGGGAUUGGCGUACUUGCCUUGAGAAAUAUACACUUUGUCGAGAUGGUAUAUACCACAAGCAAGACCAAUUUGAACGCCUUUUGCCAACCUUCAUCCAAGUGAUUGAUUUGACAGAUCAGGAAGAAUCUGAAUAUUGGGCUGUUGUGUCUGCUGUUUUUGAAGGCAAACCAGUUGAAUCCGUUGCAUCUUGGCCCAGCCUAGAGUAUGUUGCUUCCAAUUCAAUUGAAGCUAGCAUCAACCGCAAGGUGCGUUUGUUGCGGAAAAUGCUUCGGUGGGAAGAGCAACUACGUUCGGAAUCAAGUUUUGGAAGACGAGAUGGUGGAGCAAAAUCCAAUGUCAACCCUGAUUCUGUUGUCCUUGGGGAGGUUGUUAUUAUAUGUUGGCCUCAUGGUGACAUAAUGAGAUUGAGAACUGGAAGCACUGCUGCAGAUGCUGCAAGAAGAGCAGGACUCGAGGGAAAGCUAGUUCUAGUUAAUGGUCAACUUGUAUUGCCUGGCACAGAGCUCAAAGAUGGUGAUGUCGUAGAAGUAAGAUUGUAAAUAUACGUGACAUAACUGAUUUGCAUAUAUCAUAGGGAAAAACAGAAUUCAUUGGAAUUUAUUUAUCAAAUGUGAAAGUAGUUGAUAUGGGUGAGUGGAGUCGAAGUAUGCAGGGCAUGAUGGUCUGUGAUUGGAUUCCAUUGACAUUCAAUGUAAAUACAGAAAAUUGUAGAGCAUGAAUGAAAGGCAAAA